AUGUUCACCACACUAAAUGCUGGCUCGUUAGAGCAGCUUCACGUCAACUCGCCUACAGAGUAUGCAAACAAGAGGAUUUCUCCCGUCACGGGGAAACCCAAGCGCCACCGGUCUAGAAUGGGGUGUUACUACUGUAGAGCACGAAAGAGAAAGUGUGACGAAAAGCGUCCCAGCUGUACCUUCUGCUCUCUAAGAGACCUUGACUGUCAGUAUCCGCAAGAUGAGAACAAUAAGAACAAGAAAAAUUGCAAGACCGUCCCACUAGACUCCGACAAAGAAUGCUUGCCAAAUGGGGACGAUAACGCAUUGGAGAUUAUGAAGUCCACCACAUCUGACAACGCACAACUGUCACCGACUAUAAAAUCGGAAUAUUCUCUGUCAGUACUGGAGAUCUUGCAGAGCUUGAUUAGACUGCCUAAAGUGGAGGAGUUAGAUGAAAAUGGUGACCCCAUUCAAUCCGACCUGAAUAUCUCGGAAGUACUUCCCGGAUUCUUGAUAGAACCCACAGACACUUUCCGUCUCUACAUGGACGAACGCAGCAUGAACUUUGUGUCGUAUUUCCAUAAGGAAGUGGUCAAUUUUGUCAGUAUCACGCCUCUCACCAUUCAGAACCACCUCGCAAACACCUACAUGUCGGUGGCUGUCCAGGAUCAGAGCUUCCUAGCGCUUUUGGCCACUUGGGGUGCGUUGUUCCUUGAUGGACCAGAGUCAGAGAGCUAUAAAGCACACCUAAACCAGGCCCAUAAGAUCGCUCGCCAGAAAUUGGAGGCAGGUUUGCUCUCCGAUAUGGACAAGUUCAUUGUAUUGUGUUUCUAUGCGGGAAUCGCAGGUGUUGGCAUUUGUGCUGGCAAUACCUCAGACUGGUACGAGCUGCUUCGAAUGAGUCUGCGAAUCAUGAGUGAAUUCGGGUCUGUUCGUAACUUUUUGGAGAGGUUUCACUACCUGAAUGAAGCAAAAUGCAUAGUGGCCAACCUCCAGUACCACGAGGUGAUGUCGUCCAUCUCCAUGAAGAAUGGAACACUUUUGAAAAUGUCGGAUUACUCGGCCGUUUUCGAAGACGACACCGACUUCUCUUAUGGAGUCGACCCUCUUCAAGGGUGCAUACACCCUGUGUUCACUUUACUAGGCGAGAUUAUCAAUGCAAAGGCAGAGCAUCUGCUUGCAGCCAAUGAAAUUGAAGAGGAGUUGAAGGGGAUCACCGGGACCUCACCCAAGGAGAAUGAGCAGUUUGAACUCCUCACUCACAAACGAUUAACACAUUACUUUAGGGCCAAUAGCACAGCGUCGCUGUUGAUGGCCAAAGUAGAUGCGUGUGUACCCAAACAGAAUCAGCAAUGCUUUCUCAGUCCCAAAGAGUUGGACGAGCACUUAAUUUUGUUUGAGGCGUUCCGGAACACCUGUAAGUUGAACAUUCUUGUGUACAUCCAGGGCAUGCGGUUCAAGGCACCAGAAGUGCAGCUUAUUUUAGUGGAUACAUUUAAGUUGAUCGAUCUACUUAUCAAAUGCCGGUUACGGUCAGCCAUCAGCAUGGUUCUACUUAUGUGUGGGCUCUGUAGUUGUUAUCCUGGCGACCGAGCCCAUAUCAAGAAGCAGUUUGAGGAGUUACAGUCGUACUACAAUGUGCACAAUGUGAAGAAAAUUCAGACUUUAGUGGAGCACAGUUGGGUGAUUAAUCCGCACGGAGAUGUGACAGUGCAUUGGGAGGAGUUGUGUGAGCAGUUUGGAUGGAUAUUGGCUGCAUCGUGA